AUGUCCUCGCCUAAAAUCUUCAUUACUGGUGCUACAGGGUACCUCGGAGGUUCCUUCCUUUCCAAGCUCCUUACCGUGGUCAACCCUGCCACAAUAACUGCUCUCGCACGGUCAGAAGACAAGGCUGCGAAGCUUAGGACGCUCGAAGUUCAGACUGUCAUCGGAAGCUACAAGGAUGUCGAUGUGCUCACCGAUGCCGCGUCGAAAGCAGACAUCGUGCUUACCUUUGUCGAUGCAGAUGACCACGUCGCCGCCCAGGCUAUCCUUGAUGGAAUGAAGAAGAAACACGAAACCGAUGGAUCUGUACCUGCUCUGAUUCAUACCUCCGGGACUGGUGUCAUUCAAGAUAACGCACUGGGUCUGCACAACAAGUACCCUGUAUUCUCCGACCUCGACUUGGAUCGUCUCGCAAGUAUCCCCGAGGAAGCUAUUCACAGGAAGACGGAUCUCUUGAUCUUAGCCGCAGACAAGCAAGGGUACAUACGUUCUUACCUUGUUCUGCCGCCUACCGUGUACGGCCUAGCUACUGGUGUCGUGGCAGAUCUGGGCAUCCAAAACAUCCACUCCGUGCAGUUCCCUGCCAUUGUCAAGACCAGCAUGUUCCGGAAGCAAGGUGGUAUGAUUGGUGAAGGUGUGAAUGUUUGGCAUAACGUUUCUCUGUCCGAUACUGUCGACUUCUACGUCCUUUUAUUCAACACUGUUGUCAAAAGGCCUGACACCGCGCAUGGCGCGGAGGGAUACUACUUCCUCGAGAACGGCGAGCAUAGCUUACGGGAAGUCGCUACAGAGAUCUCCAAGGCGUUGGUGGAACUUGGAAUUGGCACCAACCCUGAGCCGAGCUCGUACACCGAGGAGGAGAAAGAAGCAUUCUUCGGACCACUCUGGCCUUUCCUUGGAACUAAUGCCCGGGUUAGGGCUGAUCGCUCUCGGGCUCUUGGGUGGAAACCGGUCGAUGGGAAGGACAAGAUGGUCGCUAGCCUUAAGGCUGAGAUUGUAUCUUUCUUGCCUCCUGCGUAAGAUUAAGUAUCACAAACGUUGUAAUAUGUACUAUUGUAGCUGUAUACCACGUAUAAUGGACUAGAUUGCAUUUGCAGAGCUUUCAAUAGGUAGCGUGAUUGGUUAACGGUGUUUCCCGGUUCGCACCCUC